CCUGGCGCCCGGGACGUUAGGGUGACGCCAUUACUGGAUCGCGCUUCCGCUGCGGGGUCCUAAGUAGCUGAGGGAAUAUGAGCCACUUGCAGAAUUUACUGUUAGAUACCCUCCUGGGAACCAAGCACGUGGACAGUGCAGCACUCGUCAAACUCCAGGAGCGGUCCCUAUGUGUUGCAUCACCAGGAUUUACUCUAAUGCCAGCUGACAUCCAAACACUUGUGAAUGGAUUCGCCAAAAACCCUUUGCAAAUCAGAAGAGAAGGGUUGUAUUUCAAAGAAACAGAUUACAAAUGUGUUCGGUCAGAUGACACUUCGCUUUAUGCCAAGACUGAAAACAAAGGUGUCAUUGUUGUGAAGACGCAUUUGUAUCUUCUGGUGGCCACUUAUACUUCAGGCAUGUAUCCCAGUGUCUGUGUGGAAGCCACAGAGAAGCUGGGAGAAUAUCUAAGAAAAAAAGGAAAUUAA